GGGAAGAAGAGACCUUUUUGCCACAAUAUCACAGCUGAGGGUUUCUUUUGAUUUGUAGGAUUCUCUGUUUAGCCACUUCAUUUAUAGUUAUUGAGCUGUGAAGUUAUAGGAACAUGAUUAAAGAUAACAACGAAGUUGUUCCACUAAUGGGCAAGAAAACAAAUCCGUCAGGAAUUCCCCCUUCAAACCAGCAAGAGAAAAAGGUGACUGAGAGCACUCCCACGAAGAAAAGUUCCCACUUUUUCCUGGAGAUUGAUGGUUUUGAAAGCAAUGCCACUCCAAAUAACACAUCUCCCCCUGUGUUUUCAAAACCAAUGGAUUCAAAUAUUCGUCCCUGUGCUUCUGGAAAUGGGGAAGACAUGGAUUCCCCACAGUCUCUUCAGGAUGAUGCCACUGAGUAUAGUCCUAAUGUAGACAGUUGCUGUGCUAACAUAUCCCAAGGACCUGAGCAGACCAGUGCCAGGAAGAAGCUGAAGCGAUUCCUAUUCCGGGCAGUGUCGGAGGGGAACGUGGAGGAGCUGCAGUGUCUGCUCGGGGAGCUGAAGGAGCGAUCCAGGGCCUGCACAAACAUGACUGUGCCAGAUUAUCUGAUGAAAAAAUUCACAGCUUCAGAUACCGGCAAAACUUGUCUGAUGAAAGCUCUGCUGAACAUCAACGAGAACACGAAUGAGGUAGUGAAUAUGCUCCUGUCCUUUGCAGAAGAAAAUGGUAUUCUGGAGAGAUUUAUCAAUGCAGCUUACACAGAAGAGGCAUAUAAAGGCCAGACAGCUCUAAAUAUUGCCAUUGAGAGGAGACAGUACGAAAUAACCCAGAGCCUCAUAGAAAAAGGAGCUGAUGUCAAUGCUCAUGCCCAGGGUAUUUUCUUUAAUCCCAAACAUAAGCAUGAAGGCUUUUAUUUUGGUGAAACUGCACUGGCAUUAGCUGCCUGUACCAACCAACCAGACAUAAUUCAACUGUUAAUGGACAAUGCCAGGACUAAUAUUUCUUCUCAGGAUUCCAGAGGAAACAAUAUCCUCCAUGCAUUAGUUACUGUGGCAGAGGACUCAAAAACUCAGAAUGAUUUUGUAAUCAGAAUGUAUGAUAUGAUAUUGUUGAAAAGUAAAGACAAAAAUUUGGAAACAACAAAGAAUAAGGAGGGUUUGACACCACUACAGUUGGCUGCAAAAACUGGGAAAUUAGAGAUUCUGAAAUACAUCCUGAGCAGAGAGAUCAGAGAGAAGCCAAACAGGAGCCUGUCAAGAAAAUUCACAGACUGGGCUUAUGGUCCUGUUCAGUCUUCUCUGUAUGACCUGACAGAACUGGACACCACUGCAGACAACUCAGUGCUGGAAAUCAUUGUCUAUAACACAAAUAUUGGUAAUCGUCAUGAAAUGCUGACUUUGGAGCCUCUGAAUUCCCUCCUGCGAAUGAAGUGGAAGAAGUUUGCACGGCACAUGUUUUUUAUGUCGUGCUGUUUUUAUUUCCUGUACAAUGUAACUUUAACAUUAGUUUCCUACCACAGGCCUAAUGAAAAUAAAGCUCCACCUUAUCCACUUGCUCUGACACGUGGAGUGGGAGGGCUGCAGUUGUCAGGACAGGUGAUGGUUAUGUUAGGAGCAAUAUUUUUAGCCAUUAAAGAGAGUGUAGCCAUCUUUCUGCUCAGGCCCUCAGACCUGCAGUCAAUUCUCUCUGAUGCCUGGUUCCACUUUGCAUUUUUUAUACAAGCUUUGCUUGUGAUCUUCUCUGUCUUUUUGUACUUGUUUUCCUACAAAGAACACCUCGUGUGUCUUGUUUUGGCAAUGGCCCUUGGAUGGGCCAAUAUGCUCUAUUUCACCAGAGGUUUCCAGUCCAUGGGCAUUUACAGUGUGAUGAUUCAAAAGGUCAUCCUGCAAGAUGUGAUAAAAUUCUUAGUUGUCUAUAUCGUGUUUUUGCUGGGAUUUGGCGUAGCUCUUGCUGCCUUGAUUGAGACCUGCCACGAGGGCGGUGAAUGCCAUUCCAACAGCAGCCUGGGACCUGUGCUGAUGGAUCUCUUCAAGCUCACCCUGGGACUGGGGGAUCUGGAGAUCCAGCAAAACUCCAAGUAUCCUGUCCUGUUUCUUCUGCUCCUCAUAACUUUUGUUGUGUUGACUUUUGUUCUCCUCUUGAACAUGCUGAUUGCCUUGAUGGGAGAAACAGUGGAGGAUAUUUCUAAAGAGAGCGAGCACAUCUGGAAACUCCAGAGAGCCAGAACUAUUUUGGAAUUUGAAAAAUUCUUGCCAAAAUGUUUGAGGAAAAAAUUCCAGCUGGGGGAACGGUGUAAAGUGGCUGAAAACGACACCAGGGUGUGUUUAAGGAUUAAUGAAGUGAAAUGGACCGAGUGGAAAACACAUGUUUCAUUUAUUAAUGAAGAUCCAGGGCCAACAGAUCCAAGCAAAAUUCAAGAUAAUUCAAGAACUAAUAGCAAAAACACCUUGAAUACGUUUGAAGAAAUGGAUGAUUUGCCUGAAACUGCCGUUUAGAGCUUGUGCUGUAUUUGAUAUGUGGCUGUUCUGAAGGUUAAAAAGCAUCAGCAGUGGAUGCUGAAAGCUUUGUGGAUGUUUUGGACAGCUGUAACCAGCUGAAACACGAACUUUCAGUGACACAGUCUGAUGGCUUGAACCCAUUUAAUCAGGGCAGCUGAGCUGAAAUAAAAUGGACUAUUCACUGGUUCAGUUUUGAGCCUCUCAAACCAUUGCUGUCCAAGUUUGUGUGAUGCUACUCAAACUUGGCUCUAGAUGUUUAACUGGAUAAAAAAGGUCAAAUGUGAGAUAUUUCUUCCUUUUGUGGAAAAUUAAGUUCAUCGUGAUCCCAAUCUGCUGGUUUUUUGGAAUCUCUAACUCAUGAGAAACUCAUUUUGUACUCUGAACAAAGUUAAGUUCUUGACACGGAGCAAAGAAAAGCAUUUCAGUUCUGAAGACGACUAAAUGAACCAAGCCUGCUGUGGGCAAAAUGAUCCCAAGGACU